AUUGCAGAUUAUUAUAAUUCAAAAUUCGUGCUUUAGCACCUACAUGAUCGCAUUUCCAAUUACUCUUGCUCACUGAAUAUAUCCCUUGUGAACGCCAACAGUUCAUACCCCGAAGUUUUGUGGCCAAAUGACAAUAAAACUUGUGUACCCUGUAUUCCGUCAUAAUUUGAUAUCAUAUUGCUCGUCUAUCCAUUCCUAGCCGGUAGAGCGACGAAGUAGAUGCUUCCGCAGGCGUAAGACCUGACAGGAGCGAUGGCCUAUGACAACUCAAGAGUGGUUCAGGAGAGCAACCCAUCAGUCCGCUCCACUGUAUAUGUCGCCCGGGCCGAAAGCGACAGGGUGCUGGAAGUCCGCGACGGAGGUGCUUUACUGCAGGCCCUCGGUGCAAUUACACCAACGGGAGGCGGCCUCGGAGGCGCCGGCCAGCUAAUGUCGCCCCAAGCAGCGCAGCAAGAACACGAGAAAGAGCUCAUUUCAGCCGCGAUGAAGCUAGUAAUACCGGGACAGAACGGCGCAACAAUCUUGCCUGUGGCCAAUGCGAACGGAGGCCCUGCAACCCAAGUCCGCGUCACGUCGUACAUGUACAGCAUUCCUUCAUCGGGUUCCGUACCUCCGGUUGCUUCGUACGGUGCCGGAUCCUCUUCUUCCCAGAACUCACAACCGCCGUUAUCCGUACCUCCAAUCAUCAUUCCGGUAGGGGAGGUAGGAGCAGCAGCCGGCGGCGGCGGCGGCGGCGGCGGCAAGCAUCAAAGGGGCCCCAAGCCCGCCGGCUCGCCGGGGCCAGCAGGCGGUGCGGUGUCACCUCGGGGUUCAGGACAUUCGGCGAAAAAGCGGCCCAAGCAGCAGCAACCGCAUCCACCACGACAGCAGGGACAGCAGAAAGGAGGGCCCAGGAAGGAGCUGUUUGAGCCCCCACCAGCCCCAACACAGCCACCCACGCAGCAACAGCAGCAGCAACAGCAGCAGCAGCCCAAUGGAUACAUGCCGGUUCCACAUCCCCCAUCCAUGCAAGCGCCAGGGACGUUUCCGGUUGCGGCAGGAUACCUAGCUGCGGUAGAUCCAAGCGCCGGUGGCGGCGGUGGCGGUGGCGGCGGCGGUGGUGGCAUAGUCAGUCAGGAGCAACAGGCAGGCAACGAUAUUGUACCCGGCCUUCCGGCUAAUCCAGACCCGAGCGUCGUGCUCCCUUCGUCGGUGUAUGCUGACGUGUUCCGCGCAUACGAUAAGGACAACGACAACCGGAUUGAUUACGAGUCGCUGGUGUCAGCGUUUGGCAAGCUGGGGCUGCUGAAUGGCAUACCGGCGACUCAGAUAGAUGAUACUCUGGGCUUGCCUUCCGACUGCCGUGCUAAAAGCUAUCCACCUCACGAGUUCGUGGCCAUGUGCGAGAGGCUAGCGCAAGAGUACGCCAAGGCUGCCCGGCUGGAACGUAUCCACAUCGCAUCGCGCCUUCCUGGGGUACCCGAUGGCGCCGAGCAAAGCGAGCUGCUGCGGAUCGUGUACAGCCGCUAUGCCGUGGGCCCAGGCCAGGGCCGCCUGACCUCGGAGGAGGACUACGCGGAACCCCGUAUGGUGGCCACUCAGUUGCAGCGGCUGACAUCCGACAUGGGCCUCCUGCAGCCGCAAGGCCCGCUCACGGCGGCCGCUGUGGGCGUCGUGUUUGCCAAGGUAAAACCGCCGGGCGCCCGCAAGGUUAACUUCUCAAACUUCCUGCGCGUGUUGGCGGCGCUAGCGGAGGAGGCGGAUGGCGCCAUGGACGUGUGGGCUGCAGCGGAGCAGCUGGGUGCACGGCUGAAGCAGCGGCAGCUGAUCAUUCCAUCGCUACCCUCGCUGGGAGCGCAGCGUCCCGCGCCCGCCAACCGCGUGUGGCAACAGGGUGCCAACGGCCCGGAGGAUCCCAACGUAAACAACGGCGAUGCAGUUGCGGCUGCUGCUCGCCGCCUGCCGCGCCUGCUGUCAAAUGGCGACCCGGCACGCUUCAGCGCACCUCCGAGACGGCCGGAACGCAAGAUCCCGGAGCCGCUACAGCCGCUGCCAGAAGGCCGCGUGCUGGACCCACGAGCCGCAGGCGCCUUUCCUCCGCGCCUCAUCACGCGGGCCCAAACGGAAUCCGGACUUGCAUCAGCGGCAGAUGGCAAUGCAGGCGGCGGGGGCAGCAAGCUGCCAUCGGCGCCGAUUCCGCAUCCUCCGCCCAAGCGGGCCUUUACGGAGCCUACGCCGCCGCCGCCGCCGCCGCCACCACCGCCACCACCGCCGCCAAGGCCGGAGUUAGGCGGAGGAGGGGCGGAUGUGGGGUCCAUGGUCCGCAGGCACCCGUCCGGCAUUGCAACGCUGCCGCAGGACCUGAUGCUCCGGCUGGCAUCUAUGGAGUCCCAGAUAAAGGAGCUGGCCCGCCAAGCCGCCCUGCGCCCCGACCGGCAUUCCGCCGACGGAGGCAUAUCAACGUCGCUGUCUGGCGGGCCGCAGCGGUCGCAGGACCUCCGUACAGCCCAAGCCGCCGCCGACGCUGCUCGUGCCGCGCUGGCGGCGACGGAGGCCGCGUCUCAGGCCGUGGAUACCGCCAAGGCCGCGCGGCGUACGGCAGACGAGGCGACGGAGGCGACGUCGCACUUCAGCGGGGCCCUGGCGGCGCUUGCGACACGCGUGACGGCGUGUGAAGCCGCAGACACCAUGCAUGUGGCAGAGCGGCGAAGGCUGGAGGAGGAGGUGCGGGUGCAGCGUAAGGAGCUGGAGCAUUGCAGGGCUGAGAUGAAGCGCAUGGAGGCUUCCUUCAAUAACAUGCUCGAAGCAGCGGUAGCCACGGCGCUUUCCAAGGAACUCGAGCUCAGGCUGGGCUCGCUGGCCGAUUCCGCGCUGUCUCGCGGCAAGUCCGAGGGCGCAGGGGCGGUGGCCCAGGACGCCCUGGUGCCGUUACAACUCAAGGUUGCGAAACUGGAGGCCGUGUACGACGCCACGACGGCGAAGAUCCAGCAGCUCAAGACCGAACAGGAGGAUUUGGUGGGCGCAGCCUCCGAGGCGGCGGCGGCAGCGGAGUCAGCCAAAGCCGCCGCUGCGGCUGCCGCGAACGCCGCACGGUCAAGCGCGGAGACUUCGACCGCUGCGGCUUCAAAGGCGGAUGUGGACGUGGAGGUGCUGGCGAAGCGAGUGGUGGCGGUGGAGAAGGUGGCGGAGAGCGCUGCUGAGAAGGCAGAGGCGGCAAUGGCGACGGCGCGCACGAACGCCGGCAGCUUUACUGCUGCCGCCGCCGCGGAGGCUGGUGCGGAUGCACGUCGCAUUCGGGAGUUGAGCGCGGCUGUGGAUGCCGUGUUAAACCGUGUGAAGGCGAUGGAGACCAGGGCGGCGACAGAGGCGGCGGAACGAGAGGCGACGGAGGCGACGAUGGAGACGGAGAAGCGUCGCACACGCGAGCUGAUUGCUUCCCUGGAGAUGCUGACGACCAAAGUGAAGCUCAUUGAGGUCAAGGUGGCGACGGAGGUGGCGGAACGAGAUGCGGCGGCAGCAGCCGCGGAUUUACGUGGCAACACAUCCAUUCCCGGCGGCGCAGUUGUGGGCGCGACGGCGGCGGCAGUUGCGGAAAUGGAGGCGCGUCGCACGCGUGAACUGACGGCAUCUGUGGACUCACUCAUGACGCGCGUGAGCACGUUGGAGGCCAAGGUGGCUAAGGACUUGGCGGAACGCGAGGCGGCAGCAGCAGCUGCAGAGACAGAAGCGCGCCGUGCUCGCGAGCUGGCUGCUUCCGUUGACAUGCUUGCGGCGAAGUUCAAGGCGAUGGAGAUUCGGAUAGGCACCGAGCCGCCAGACACGCCGCCGCCGCUGGCGGAGCUCCGCAGCAAGAGUACGUUUGCAAACACCGCGGCCGUCGCCGCCGCGGCGGCGGAGGUGGAGGUGGAGGCGCGGCGCCGGCGUGAGCUGACCGCCGCCGUGGAUGCUCUGACGUCACAGGUGAAGGUGCUGGAGGGCAAGGUUGAGACGGAGGUGGAGGCGGGGAAGCAUGACCGCAAGGAGACAAGGGCUGACCUGGAGGCGAUGGGAGAGCGGCUGGGGGCAGCGGAGGCGGAGAUUCAGCGCCAGGCGGAGGCGCUAGGCGUCGUACAUCAAGGGUUUGCUUCCACACAACAGGGCUUGGCUAACGCGCAGCAACGCGUCGAGCGCUGCGAGCACCAAGUGGAAGUCAAGUUGAGGGAGGUGUCCAGCAUGACCGAGAUUCAUGAAGCUCGACUGGUUCAACUGGUCAAGCGGCAGGAGACGGUGGAGAAGAAGGUCACAAGGGAGAUCAUGCACAAGAGCGGGCCCGAUUCCCCAGCAGCGGCCAAUGGAGAGGCCGGAUCAGUGCUAAGCUCACGCCUCACGGACUGUGAGGUUGCAGAUGCGCAAACCGGUGCAACCCUGCGGGAACACUCCAUGAGACUGAAGCAGCUGGCCGAAACCGUGGAGCAGCUGCGGCUUCAGACUGGGCCCGCCGGCAGCGGCGGCAGCUUUGCGGGCCCUACACCUUCCAUGUCCGGAGUCGCGCCCGCGUCCAGAGACAAGGACAGCAGUACCUCAAGCCAGGCCAAGGCGGCGGCAUGGGCCAAACUGGACAUGCAGCUUCAGAUGGCGGACGAGCAGUUCCGAAGCCUGCAGGGCUCUGUGAGCCAGAUUAACGUUAAGCUGUCUAGAGCCCUGGACGACAGUUCUACGGCUCUUGAGAGGCUGCGCGGCAUGGAGAUUCGGCUGGAGCAGCUCUGGGCGAUGCAACGCAGCCAAUCGCAGCAGCCAGGCAGCAACGGAGCCGCACAUGAGAUGAUAGCGGCUUCGGAGCGGCGCAUUCGCCAGGAGCUGGACGAGGCGCUCAAGGAGCUGCUGGAUCAGGGCAAGGAGCUAGAGGACCUCCACUCGCGUGUGAAAGCGCUGGAGCAGGCGUCCAAGAAGAACGGGCAGCUCACUGCCGCUCUCACCAGCAUCACACACACCACCAAGCAGCAACACAGCAGCAGUUCCACCACGACGACGGCGCCCAAAGGUGCCAGCAGCAACCGGCCCGCUCCGGAGGGACAACAACAACCACUGAUGCUGGAGAUGAAGCAGUAGAGGGAAAGGUAGUGGUGGGUGUGCCGUACUGGUAGUGCAUGGAAGAGAGGGUGGUUGUGUAGGGGGUGGCGAAGCACUGAAUGGCAAGGGAGUUAAUGAAUUGGGGUUUGUUGACGCGUGGAGGUGGAAUUAAACAAGGGUCCGCACACGGCUUGCCUAGAAACGUAGAGGUGGGCGAAUUUGACUGUUGUAUGCGUACUUUACUUGACUGAAGACGUUGAAAUGGGAAGAACGUUGUUAGUUGUCGGCUGCCGUAUUUGACCUUUUGUUAAUUUGUCCGUGCAGCACGAGGAAUGCAUGUACGAAGUGUACUGGCGUGCCUUGGGAAACGCAUAUGCUGAAGCGGCAUGCUUGUAUUUCCGCUGUGUUUAAAUAUUUAAGUUGAUGAGCUCUUAGCAGCGUCCCGCGUGAAAGUAGUUGGAGCAAGUGCUUAAGCAGGAUGACCGUGUGCCACCGUCACCAUGCGUGAUCUGCUGUUUUCGGAUGUACGGAAGUACGGAGAUGCUGUACGGCACAUAUAGCAGGACGGCGCAGGGCAGGGGCGUGGGUAAUAUAGGCAAGUCGUAGGCGGCUUUCCCAAACAGGUAAGUUAAAUCCACCAUCCUGCCAGUUGAGAUACGCAACCGCACACCUACACAUGUCCCGAAUCGCACAUUUUUGAAUUUUAGAUGGUGUCCGCCGCCGCCUCUGACAAACAUAGUUCCUGUACAUAGUUGUAAAUGAAUGGUUGGCUGCGUGCUUGCUGCUGUCAGCGAGCUGCUUCGCUUGUUAGUGUGCGUUGGGCGGUGUUGCCUAUAUUGGAAUGACGUUUCUGAUCCUUGCCGCGUUAUGUGUUUGUUACUAUCUGAAUUUGCCACAGUCCUUCUAAGCUGCCUUGCAAUUUCUGGGUAGCAACAUAGUAAUGCUGAACCAUCUUUUGUGUGCCACAGCACGCUUGCUUGCUUGUUGCCGUUACUUGUGAAGCCUGGUUAGUUUGGCUGCGCUAUGUACGUUUUGCCCUCGCGUGCUGUAAGAAUGCACCGUACCCAGGCAGCACUUUGCUGUCUCCAUAUCCCCAAAUGCGGGGUUCCGCAUACAUGUGUAUGUUCUCUUGAGGAAUUGACUAGCAAUGUCAUGUUAUUCCUGCCACAAACUACCGGUAAAUUGUCAAAGAGUCACUAAGGUGAGUAGCCGUUGCCAUGCUCAUCUGGUGGGUUGUCGUCCGGCUGUAGUAAACUGUUGCAAACGCAUGGUCGGUCAGGUACCCAGACAUGUCCCUAGCGUCACCUUUACCAAUGCCAGGAGUCCUCGUUGCCGCAAGGAAACCCGCAGCAACACACGCGCGAGGGUUCCAGUGAUGUCCUGUAGAUUGGUCGGGGCGCACAGGACCCCGCACUUGUUGCAUUUUAGCACUUCCACCCAUGGCCCUAACCUACAUGUAACACACAC